GGUUAUCAUACUAAUCCUUAACAGUGAAAACUCCAGUGCUGUCCUACAGGUAGAACAAAAGUUUAAAGUUAACCUGCCAGUGGUUCACAUGGAUAAUUACAACAGUGAUGAGGACACAGACACUGACUUUGACACCCAGCUGGUCAUUCAUCAGAGUUUACUCAGGGAUAUUUACAAGUUGGGAGCAACACAGCAUGAACCUGAAGAUAACAGCUUCCAUUCCCUUUUGAGUGCUGACUAUAAGAAGAUACUUAAAGCGAUAGAGGCAGUUAAGUACUCUUCCUAUUCUCCCUACAACUUGUGGUAAGAUGUGAUAGUGACAACUGGCAGGGGAUGGAGGAUACAGUUUAUCAUCUGUUGGCCUUUUCUGAGAGAAAAUUCUUGGGUGCAAUUAGCAAAGAGUUCCUGAGUUCCUCUGUAGGCAGAGCUAUUUUGUUUUUCUGUAUGAAAAAAGACAUUAUGAGUGUUUUUUUGUCAGGCCAAGGCCUGACCAGACUUACUCCCAAGGCCAAUGACCAGACUUACUGCUUAUCCUAUGUGUGCUUUCAUCUAAGGUGGUGCUCUAUUUCUGUUGUCUGUGUACUAACUUUGGUGCUAGAAUUUAGCAGCAAUAUGGGCUGCCUUAUAUUAGGGCCAAAUAUGAUUCUGUUCUUGUUUUCCUUGCUAAUAGGUGAAGAAGAUGCAUUGUCACACUUAGCCACAUGCCAUUCUGCUUUUGAUGAAGCAGAUGGGGUAGGCUGGAUUCCUCUUCAUAAGGCUGCAGUGCAAUUAAAUAAGAACAUUUUAGAAAUAACACUGAAAGCUUCAAAACCCAGUAUGUGGGAGCGAACCACCCACAAUGGAGAAACACCACUAUUUUUGGCUGUCAGCAAUAGUCUCUUGGAAAAUACCAGUUUUCUUCUUCUCAAUGGCUGCGAUCCAAAUGCUAAGAAUUUUGAAGGCAAUUCUCCUCUUCUAACAGCUGUUCUGCGUGACUCCUAUGAUAUGGCUGCUCUGCUGAUCAGCCGUGGAGCAGAUGUCAAUCUGCGAUGUGCCAAUGAGAGGACAGCUCUCCAUGAAGCAGCCAAGCUAGGCAGAAAGGAUAUGGUAAAGCUUCUUCUGGUUUCUGGGGCACAGCCUGACCCACAGAGCUCCUAUGGAUUCACUCCUCUUGCACUUGCUGCCCAAGGCGGACACACUGAAAUUAUGGAAUUAUUACUACAGAAAGGCGCUAAUGCUCAUGUUCAGGCCUCUGAUGCUUCUUCCAUCUUACUCGAAGCUGCUAGAGGAGGAAAUCCAGACUCUGUAACUCUCUUGCUAGAGUAUGGAGCUGAUGCCAAUAUCCCCAAGAGUUCAGGCCACUUGCCUAUUCAUGUAGCAGCUGACAGAGGCCACUUACUAGCUCUGAAGAUGCUGGUUCCAGUUACAGAUCUUGCUGCCAUCAAGCAGAGUGGAAUAAGUCCAGUUCACUGCGCAGCAGCAGGCGCUCAUUCUCAGUGUCUGGAACUUCUGAUACAGGCAGGAUUUGAUGUGAAUUUCAUGCUAGAUCAGAGAAUUCGAAAACACUAUGAUGACCAAAGGAAGUCAGCUUUGUAUUUUGCUGUAUCAAAUGGUGACCUCGCAUCAGUGAAGCUGCUUCUGAGUGCUGGAGCUCUACCCAAUCAAGACCCAGUAAAUUGCCUGCAGAUAGCCCUCAGGAUGGGCAACUAUGAGCUAAUAAAUGUGCUGCUGAGGCAUGGGGCUAAUGUCAAUUACUUCUGCAGAGUCAACCCUUUACAUUUCCCAUCAGCACUGCAAUACACAUUGAAAGAUGAAGUCAUGCUCAGGAUGCUGCUGAAUUAUGGAUAUGACACAGAGCGAUGUUUUGAUUGUCCUCAUGGGGACAAAGUUCAUCGUUCCCAUAAUUUUGAAGGCUGGACACCAACAGUGAUUAAAGAUACUAUGUUCUGUGAAGUAAUAACUUUGUCCUGGCUGCAACAUCUCUCUGGGAAAGUUGUUCGAGUGAUGCUUGAUUAUGUUGAUCAAGUUCAGAUCUGUUCAAAGUUGAAAGAUGUGCUCCAAAAACAGAGGCUGUGGUCAGAGAUACAUUUUAUCUUGACAAACCCUCGCUCCCUAAAACAUUUAUGCCGCCUUAAGAUCCGGAAGUGUAUGGGGCGAUUACAUUUGCGCUGCCCGGUCUUCAUGUCAUUUCUUCCAUUACCCAAUCGUCUAAAAGCAUACAUCCUUUACAAAGAAUAUGACCUUUAUGGACAAGGAACUUUUACUGGAACCUGGUAAUCAAGCUAUUCUAAAGGAAAAGGACCGUCUUCCUUCUUGGGCUCAACUACCUGCUCUUGGCUGCAACUCUGCUGUCCCCUGCUGUUGGAGUAGAAAUAUAGCAGGAGCUUCCCUCAUCCCCAGGUGACCCCCAAAGGCCCUGUCACUUGAAAGGAUGUAGACAAAGAUUCCAGCCACACUGCUUCUCCUUUGCCCUACCACGUCCAUUUCCUCACAGAUGGUGGUAAGUGAUGUAGGAGGAGGCACAGCGAUCCGGUUUCUGUAACAACGUGCUUCACUUUGUUAAAAGAGAAUCCAUACUUCCAGUUUUCAGAGAACCUCAUGUGACACCAUAAGAGACAACUUAAUAUAUUUUUGCUGGGCUUGUCAAUUAACUAAACACUGGACAUUCAGCCUCCCGGCUCCACUUUGCAUCUGUGCUUUCUGAGACAUUCCCUUCUGCAGUUACUUUACUGCAGUCACAUUGGGCUCCAGGAAGAACAUAAUUCAACAGUAAGUACCUUCUGACAAAAGGCAAACUGUCCCUCAGACAGAAAAUGCCAUCUUCUUAUCCUUUCAAAAGAUGUAAGGCUUCUGGCAUCAAAGACUAAGCUAAUGGUCAACCAGGCCAUACCUAUGACUUGAGAUUAUUUUAACUAUACAGAAUUUUCCCACCUACUUCCCCCUUCCCCAAUUCUCCCUAUUUAACCUGAGGCCAAUGUACUGCUGAAGAUGUCUGAUGAUGUACUGAAGUGCUGCCUCUCCAUGGCGUCUAUAUAAUAAAUCUUUC